GGUGCUGUGGGAGUGACCCAAGAAACAGGCAGGCCAAGAGCAGAAGCUGUGGGCCAUGGGAAGCCGGGGUGUCAGUGCGGAGGGGCUGACGAGGCGUGGGGUACAGGGCCCUGGGAAGUGGAGGUUGAACCAGUGGCCGUGAGCCGAGAGGGCUGUCCACGGAUGCCUGGGCUCCCAAGAAGAAAACCUCCAACCGUGCACCAAAGUCGUCAACAAACACGCGAGAAGUCCCAGCAGUUCUGCAGCCUGAGACAGCCCGUGCCGAACAGGCCUCCGGGAGAGACAUCCGACCCGUGAGUCUCGGUGGGUGCGUGGUGGUGCCAGGUCCCGGGAAGGCGCAGCGGUGGGGAGACCUGCCCUAGGAGAGCAAGCCCUGAGCAGACUGGUGGCGCAGGCGGGACACCAGGGAGGCUCACGUGGGGCCGGAGCCACACCCCCUGGAAGGUUCUAGCGGCCUCUCUGCCACAGGCAGAGCCGGGGGAGGCUGAGGCCACGGUGCUGCAGACAGAAGCCCGCAGGGUGGGCGGCCCUGCACCGGACCCCAGAGCUGCGCCCCUGCGCCCCUGCGCCCAGGCCCAGCAGGAAGAGAGUGAGAGUGGACACACCGCCCACACCACCACCACGUCUCAGCGUCCUCCCGCGGUCAUCAGGGCUGGCCACGUUCUCAAUCACUUAAAAUUACAUCCUGAAUAGAUUAGCUCCAGCAUCCUCAGAACACGGUGAAGCAGGCGAGGUUAAGGACAUCACAACAGCUAAAGAAGACCAGCCUGACCAGCCUCGCCGUGGCUCACUCCUCCUCCUCCUCCCCACCCCCUGCCCGCUCCAGGCUCCUUUCCCAUCCCACACCCUCGGCCGUGGGAGGCCCCAGGCCUUGGACCUCUUCUCAGCCUCAUGAGGAAAUGCCAUCGUGCCCAGACGGACCCCCGAAGGCUCACCUCCACCCCCAGCCCAGCUCUGGACUCCAGUCUCACAUGUCCACGUCUCCACCUGACUGUCCUUUCAUCUCCAAAUAAGCACACCGAAAACUUACUUCUGACUUCCUCCGAACCCCUCAAUCCCAAUGCUCCCAGAGCCUGGGACCCCUGGCUCUUCCACACUCAGGUCCAAUCCAUCAGCCAAGCCCACGGGCUCUGCCCCAGAAUCCAUCCUGUGAUGGAUGUGACUGACCCACCACAGUCACGCUAGAGUGCACUCUACAACCUGCAACCGCAGCCCCAGACCAGACCCUCGGCACUUCGUUCCUUUAAAGCAAAGAUGCAUCUGGCCCCUCCUCUGGGCAGAGCCCUGCACUUCUCCCUGAGAAAGCCAAGCACCAAGGACACCAGCAGGCUAUGCGUACUGACCACUGAGGGGCGCCCACCUCUGAGCUCGGCCAUGGCUCUGCCCCAGGCCCGUCCCCAGCACGUAGCCCACGCUGCCCCCACUCUGAGCCGCACCCCCCCCCAGCACCCUGAGACCUUUGCAGUUGCCGUUCCCUCUGCCUGGCACUCCCUGCCCUGCUGUCUCCAGCGCCCGUGGGCCCUCAGGAGUCAGCACGAGCCACAGCCCUGCCCUGCACCCAGCACAUGUCACCAUCCGUGUGCCCCAGGAGGGCCUGCUCACCAGCCUGCCAUCCACCUCCUCCAACACCCGAGCUCCACGCGGCAGGAACUUGUCUGUUCGCUGCUGCAUCUGAAGUUGAGAGCCCAGGCCGAGACCAGUAAGGACCCAGCAAACGCCGCUGAAUGAUGAAUGAGUAAAGGACUUCUGUAAAAUGACUUUGGGGCAGAGGGACACACAGCCAAGCUACCCCCACCUGGGCCCAGCGGGGCAGCCCCAGAGCUGUGAGCUCCACUGGGGCAGGGACCCGGGCUGGAGCGGCAGCAGGGCCCUCUCCCACCUUUAAGGGGCCGGUCAGCUGUCCCCUGCAGCCUGUGGGACCCCUUCUCUGAUUCAGCACAGAGACUGAUGGCGAGGUCUGCGCCCCACGUGCCAGGAAGCGGCCGAGGCCCCUUGCGGGCUCCUGGGUAGAGGGUCCUAGGGCCGGCACCCCUUCGUGCCUCACUAAAGGGUUUCUCCGUCCACCUCGUGUGACCCUCACAGCGGACCGCCGGAGAUCAGGGAGAGCUCUGUCCUGGGAGGGAUGCACCUGGAGGGUCGCAGGGAACACGACAGUCCUGGGAUGGGGAGAUCCGCGGGCCCGGCGUCCAGAGCUGGGCUCAGCUGUCAGCAGGACACACGCUGCAGGAGCCCCUGGUCAGCCUCUGCCUGCCCUGGCCCAGCCGAACACCCCUGCAGAACCUGAGUCCCUCUGAGCGCUCAGGACCAGGUGGCGUGUGUACGGGGACGUCUGAGUGUCUCUCUGGGGCACGGGCACCGCCGUCUCUGUGUCUGCAUCUGCCUGGGGGUGUGGUGUCCACGUGAAUGCCUGCUCUGCUCGGGGGCCUGUGGGCUGGGCGUGGAGGGUGCAGGCACCUGUGAGUGAAUCUAAGUCUGGGGGACGGUGUGUGGCUCUUGCGCUCGUGUCGGGUUUGGGGAGCACGUGUAUUGACUGGUACAUCGUGGUGCAAGACGGGGACCUUGGGGUUUGUCCCCAUGCAUCUGUGUGAUGAGAACUCAGGCCCACCUCCCACCCCAUCAAAGAAGUGGCCCUUCGGCUCCAUCUUUCAGCCUGAGAAACAGGAGCUGGGUCACGUCUGCAGGGGCCAACCACUCGGAGGUGACUGAGUUCAUCCCGGUGGGUUUCCCGGGCUCCCUGGGCCUGCACGUGUGCCUGCUGGUGGUGCCCCUGCUGGCCUACCUGCUGCCCGUCACCGAGAGCCUGCUCGCCAUCGCCGUGAUCCACGGCAGCCCCGCACUGCACAAGCCCGUGUACGGCUUCCUUAGCAAACUAUCCUUCCUGGAGGUGUGGUACAUCUCCGUCACGGUGCCCAAGAUGCUGCUCAGCCUGGCGGCGCCCGAGUUCCACCGCAUCUCCUUCGCAGGCUGCGUGGUGCAGCUGUACUUCUUCCUGGCACUGGCCUGCUCAGGGUGCGCGCUCCUAGGCGUCAUGGCCUACGACCGCCACGUGGCCAUCUGCAGCCCGCUGCGCUACCCAGCCAUCAUGAGCCCCAGCCUCUGCAGCCUCCUGGCUGCUGGCCCCUGGCUCUCGGGCUUCACCAUCUCCGUGGGGAAGGUCUUCUUCAUCUCGCGCCUGGGCUACUGCGGCCCCAACGUCAUGAACCGCUUCUUCUGUGACGUGUCCCCCCUGCUGAGCCUGGCGUGCUCCGACGUGUCCCUGGCGGAGCUCGUGGACUUCCUCCUGGCACUGCUCAUCCCGCUGGGGCCGCUGCUGCUCACCGUCUCCUCCUACACCGCCAUCAUCAGCGCCCCGUCCGCCGCCGGCGGGCACGAGGCCUUCUCCACCUGUGCCUCGCACCUGGCCGUGGUGGUCAUCUUCUACUCGGCCUCCCUCUUCAUCUACGCCCGGCCUCGCGCCAUCUACUCCUUCGACCUCCACAAGCUGGUGCCCGUGGUCUACACAGUGCUCACGCCUCUGCUCAACCCCGUCAUCUACCGCCUGCGGAACCGGGAGGUCAAGGAGGCCCUGCACAUGGUGGUGCAGAGGGCGGCCCAGGCCCUGGGCACAUCCUCUUAAGAUGCACUCCCCACCUGCCCCCAAGACCCCUCUCAUUUGUCCCCCUCACUCAGCAUUCACGCAGCCAGCUCAGCAGCUGACGGGCCCUGU